AUGGGGAAUGACACUUCAAACCCGCGGGUCGCAGAGAGUUUUCUCCACCCGCUUCAGCGGUUGUUGAAACAGCGAGGUCUGAAGAUCUCUGAUGGCUCUAUAAGGGGAUUCUUGGAAGACAUUGACCAGGCGGUUCCGUGGUUCGGGGUGACGGGGGACGUCAAUCUCCCCUGUUGGGUAAAGCUAGGACGAGAUCUCGAGAAGGCUAAAGCUGAGGGGAAAUUACGGCCAAGAACAAAGCCCCUGUGGCAGUUGAUACGCUCUUGCCUUAAAGAUGGCACGUGCAUCGAAAUUGUCAGCGAGAGUCGCAGAGCUCUCUCUGCCCACCAGGAUAGCAUGUCAGAAUCAGAUAGCAAAAAGGAGGCAGAACUAAAAGAAAGGAAACCUAGGAAUAGUAAAAAGAGCUCUAAAGGAAAUAAAGAAAAGACAGACCAUGGGAAAAUGGGACAAAAACCCUCCGGGCUGUACCCAGUCCUGGAUGAGUUUGCACACCUGACUCUCUCAGAUACCUCUGAGGAGGAGUUGGAUCUAGAGGAGGAGGAAGAAGUAGAGGAAGUUGCCGCGGAGUAUGCACGGGGACGGUAUAGUCCGGACAACUCCGAUCCACUUCCAUAUUGCCCGCGAAAGGGACAGCUGACAGGGAUCCCAUCCGUGCCAGUUGCCUCAGGUGCAUUUUUUAUAAAACCCAGCACAUGGAGUCGGCUGGCCAGUGCAUUUCCAGUAUUUGAAGACCCUGCUAUGCAGAAUAGGCAUCAUGAGCCAGUAGGGUAUAAGCAACUGAAGGAUCUGGCCGAGUCGGUCAGGAUGUAUGGGGUGGGUGCUAGUUUUACCCUGGCCCUCAUGGAGCGUCUUGCCCAGAAUGCCAUGACUCCUUCAGAUUGGUUUGGCGUGGCCAAAGCAUACUUAACCUUAGGGCAGUAUUUAGAGUUUAAAUCAAUUUAUACUGACUUCACCUAUUCCCAGGCCAGAACAAAUGUGAUGAAUGGGAAUCAGUUCUGGACAGCAGACAUGUUACUGGGGCAGGGGCAGUGGAUUAAUAAUCAGACAGCCCUCCCAGUAGAAGUCUAUACACAAAUUAACACAAUAGCCACACGGGCAUGGAAAGCCAUCCCAAACAAAGGAGAAGUGGCCGGUAAUCUUACAAAAAUAAUCCAAGGCGCCACAGAACCAUUCUCUGACUUCGUGGCGCAUAUGAUGGAGGCUGCAGGCUGCAUGUUUGGGGACAUGGACCACACCAUGCCCCUCGUAGAACAAUUAGUGUACGAGCAAUGUACUAAGGACUGCAGGCAUGCCAUAGCCCCGUGGAAGGCAAAAGGCUUACAGGCAUGGAUGAAAGUAUGCAGGGAAGUUGGAGGGCCCUUGUCCAAUUCAGGGUUGGAAGCUGCAAAAACAGUUGGUAAAGGGCAUGGCGGAUCGAAACAAUGUCCAAACAAUGGAGGGGGGAGCAAAACAGGAAACCGCAAGCCGGAUGUUUGCCGUAGGUGCAAGAAAGGGAAACAUUGGGCAAAUGAGUGCCAGUUGGUAAAAGACAUACAUGGGCUGCCCAUUACAACACCCCAAGGGCCAAAAAACAGGAACAGGGGCCCCCGUCCCCAGGGCCUACGAAAAUAUGGGGCACUGCAGAACCUGUCAUUUCGUCCCCCAUCACAGCCAGGAGAGCAACCUCAGGCUCUGCAGGGCUGGACAUCUGUGCCACCUCCAGAGUGGUAUUAA